CAGAAGUUUUGUUAUUUCCACACCAUACCAAAAUUUUGUGGUAACGAGUGCCAAUCUUUCUCUCACUUCCCUCUCCCUCUAAAAUGCUUCUGCUGUCUCCGAUAAACGCCUCUCUACCACCGUCGUUUCACCGGGGAACACUGAUCCGGCAACCCAUUAAGACUUCAUGUAGGAUCACAGCAAUGGCCAAGGACAAUACCGAGUCUGGCGGGGUUCUCGAGAAUGCGGCUAUAGCCGGUGGUCUAGUGUCAACGCCGGUAAUUGGAUGGUCACUCUACACUCUGAAGACAACCGGUUGCGGUUUACCUCCAGGACCGGCCGGUUCAAUCGGAGCGUUGGAAGGUGUGAGCUACUUGGUGGUGUUGGGCAUCAUGGGCUGGUCUCUGUACACCAAGACCAAAACCGGCUCGGGUCUGCCAAAUGGGCCGUUUGGUUUGUUGGGGGCGGUCGAGGGGUUGUCUUACCUGUCGCUUCUAGCCAUUCUUGUGGUGUUCGGUUUACAGUUUUUGGAUAACGGGUCAGUUCCUGGUCCACUUCCAAGUGACCAGUGUUUUGGCUAACCAAUCACUCUAUCAUCAUUCUUCACUUGUAAUGUCCUAUACCAAAACUGUGUCAAUUAAUAAUAACUUUCUAUCAAUCACAUAA